UUAUAAUACUCAAUAAAAAAAUUAUUUUACUAAAAAAUACUUAGAAUUCCUCUGGAGUAAAGGGUGUAAGGGUAAAAGAUGCAUUGUUGAUGUUGGGGGUUGCCCACCAAUUCAAUUCUCAAGUACUGCGACUUUAUAAUCACAGUUGAGAGAGAGAGAGAAAGAGAGCUUUUAACUUUUCAUUACCAUUACCUAGUUAGGGCAGCCAUUGAAAGGGGAAAAAGAGCAGAAUCCCGGCUUUCUCGCUGACUCAGUGUGUUAGCUUGGGUUCUAUCUGCAUUGUUCUCCAUUUGCAAGCAGCAGUUAUAGUAUUAGUACUAGUACUCCUACUAUGCAUUUGCCGCUCUUAAGAAGUAAAUCUAAAUCUUAAGCUGUAAAUGUAUGGUAACUGAAUUGAAGUGAAGUGGGGAAGAUGCUUUGUCUUAAAACGGAAGUCCUUCACGAUGACCUCGACAACAACCAUCCUAGUAAUGUCGAUGCUGAAACUGGAAGUGCUGCCACUUCUGGUGGUUUUGUUCUUCCUAUGAACCUGGGAGGUUCGAUUCAUAAAUAUUUGUGGAGGAUUGGAAAGGUGACUACUACCACUAUCACCAGCACUCGAUCUGUUUCUUCUGGAGAUGGGUCUCCUACUUUUUCUGAUCUUGAGUGUUUUCAGGAUGCUCGAACCCGCAACAAAAGAAGUGGGAAAAUGAAAGAUGAGGAUACGUCUUUUUACAAACACCAGCUUGAGCAAGAAGUAAAAAAGUUGCAACAACAAUUGCAAGAGGAGAUUGCCGUGCGCUUAGCUUUAGCAAGUGCUGUUGAACACUCAGAUUCAUCCUUAUCUAAUUCACCUUGUCAGCUUCCUGAUAAGGCUCAAGAGCUCUUGGAUAGCAUAGCUAUUCUGGAAAUCACUGUAUCAAAGCUAGAACAAGAAUCAGUUGCCCUCCAAUAUCAGCUUAGUCAAGAGAGAAAUGAGCGUCGUCUUGCUGAGUACCAUUUGAGGCAUUUGCCGUAUCCAGCAUCAUCAACAUUUGAUUGUUCUCAGUACAACUUUACAGAGAUGAGCAUGAGAACCUGCAGCAUGGAGAAAGCGGAAGGAAAGUCGGAGGAUAAUACCCUCCUGCCACAUGUAAUUAGAGAGCCAGAUAAGGAUCAUUUUGUUGAGAAACUUUGUCACCAUCCUAAUUGGUUAUCAGAAGAAAUGGUCCUGUGCAUGAGAGAUAUUUUCCUCUCCUUGGCAGAUCCGUCCAAACUUUCUUCUCCUGAGUGUUUAGCGUCACCAUCUUCACCUCAGGGCCACCUUUCUUAUUCUUCUUUGGCAUCUUUCUCAGACUCGCCCAUAAAGAACUCCUUGAUGAAGAGUCCCCCAGAUGACAUGGAACAUGGUUUGGAGGUCUCUGCAAGAUAUUGCAAGUUAGAUCCGUACAGAGUUCCUGGUAAAGUAGAUUGGAUGGAGAAUAUUGGAACCUACUGCAAUGCAGUUGAGGUGUCUUGGUUGUCUGUUGGGCAGAAAGAGCUGGAGUAUGCUUCUGGAGCUCUCAAAAGAUUUAGGUUACUUGUUGAACAGUUGGCUGAAGUUGACCCAUCUUGCCUGAGUUGCAAUGAGAAGUUGGCAUUUUGGAUCAACGUGUACAAUGCAUUGAUUAUGCAUGCAUUUCUAGCAUAUGGAGUCCCAAAAAGUGAAAUUAAAUUAUUUUCCUUGAUGCAGAAGGCUGCUUACAUAAUCGGAGGGCAUUCCAUCAGUGCUGCUGACAUUGAAUACAACAUUCUGAAGAUGAAACCCCCAGCUCAUCGCCCACAAAUAGCCUUGGUUCUUGCACUUCAGAAAUUUAAGAUAACUGAGGAGCAGAAGAAGUUUUCCAUUGAUCAACCUGAGCCUCUCCUAGCUUUCGCAUUAAGUAGUGGGAUGCAUUCAUCACCUGCAGUGCGGAUCUUCAGGCCUGAGAAUGUGAAUGAGUUGCUUCAGAAUUCAUUGAAGGAUUAUGUCCAAGCAUCUGUUGGUAUAAGCAAUAAGAGUAAACUAUUGGUGCCAAAGUUGCUGUAUUGUUUUGCCAAAGGCAAUGUAGAGGACUCGCUACUGCCUGACUGGAUCUGCCAAUUCCUAACCCCGGAGCAAGCUGUUGUGGUUAGAGAUCGUUUAUCAAACCACAAGUGGAGACUCCUCGGUGCCCGAAGCUUCUCUAUCCUACCCUUCGAUUCAAGGUUCCGCUUUCUCUUCCUGUUGUAGAACACUGGAAAGGUUUAUUAGUUUUUCUCAGGUCAAACAUUUGGUUCUUGCAAAUGUACAGUAGAGUCCAAGUACAUAACCUCUUACUCAAUGUUCAUGCAAGUCAAGGUUUUGCAAUACCAUGAGCCUGAUUUGAGCGACCUUGUGAGUAUAGAAGCUGUUACAAAAAUGUGUAUUUUGAAACUGUAUUGUACAGUCACAAUUUCUGUUACUAAAUUCUUCCUCGUAGAAUCUGAAUUGGUGAGCUUAUGAGGUUGCAAGGA